GGACUUAUUUGCGUCAUGUCGUCCGCGCAUGCGCGGGUCACCCGGCAGUGAAACUCGCUUUUUCACACAGGUGAACAACAGCAAAACAGACACCGAGCGUCCCGAUAACAGAGAUCAGAAAUGGGCAAAGGCGGCGGAACGUUUGACAGACUGUUGGAUAAGGCUACAAGUCAGCUGCUGCUGGAGACAGACUGGGAGUCCAUUCUGCAGAUAUGUGACCUCAUUCGGCAAGGCGAUACGCAGGCAAAAUAUGCGAUUGGUGCCAUCAAGAAAAAACUCAAUGACAAAAAUCCACAUGUCGCGCUCUAUGCUCUUGAGGUCCUGGAGUCAGUGGUGAAGAACUGUGGCCAGACGGUUCAUGAUGAAGUGGCCAGUAAGCAGACAAUGGAAGAGCUGAAGGAGCUGUUCAAGAAACAAACCGAACCGAACGUGAAGACCAAGAUCCUAUAUCUGAUUCAGGCCUGGUCCCACGCCUUCCGCAACGAGCCCAAGUACAAAGUCAUCCAGGACACCUAUCAGAUCAUGAAGGUGGAAGGUCAUGUCUUCCCAGAAUUCAAGGAAAGUGAUGCCAUGUUUGCAGCUGAAAGGGCUCCUGAUUGGGUGGAUGCUGAGGAGUGUCAUAGAUGUAGGGUUCAGUUUGGUGUUAUGACCCGAAAGCACCACUGCAGGGCAUGUGGGCAGAUUUUCUGUGGGAAGUGCUCUUCUAAGUACUCUACCAUUCCCAAAUUUGGCAUUGAGAAGGAGGUGCGUGUGUGUGAGCCCUGCUUCGAGCUUCUCAACAACCACCCCUCCCUCUCUCCCCCUCCUAGGAAAGCUGAAGGGAAGGCCGCCAGCACUGGGCAGUCCGAGCUUCCCCCUGAGUACCUGACCAGCCCUCUGUCCCAGCAGUCUCAGGUAGUGCCCACCGAAUCAAUGCCUCCUAAGAGAGAUGAGGCUGCGCUGCAGGAGGAAGAGGAGCUGCAGCUGGCCAUCGCACUGUCUCAGAGUGAGGCAGAGGAGAAGGAGAGGAUGAGACAGAAGAACACUUACUCUGUGUACCCCAAAGCCGAUCCCACCCCUGUGACUUCCUCUGCCCCUCCUGUCAGCACUCUCUACUCCUCUACCGUGAACUCAUCAGCUCCAUCGGCUGAAGACGUGGAUCCAGAGCUGGCUCGUUACCUAAACAGAACUUACUGGGAGAAGAAACAGGAAGAGGUUCGCAAGAGUCCCACCCCCUCUGCUCCUGCUCCAGUUUCACUGGCUGAGCCCGUGCCAAUCAGCCAACCAGUGGAAAGCCACACUCCGGUCCAGCCCAUCAACAUAGUGGAGCAGCAGUAUCAGAAUGGAGAAUCUGAGGAGAACCAUGAGCAGUUCCUGAAGGCCUUGCAGAACGCAGUCACCACUUUCCUUAACCGAAUGAAGAGCAACCACUUGCGUGGCCGCAGCAUCACCAACGACAGCGCUGUGCUCUCUCUCUUCCAGUCCAUCAACAACAUGCACCCACAGCUGCUGGAAGUACUCAAUCAGCUGGAUGAAAAGAGACUGUACUAUGAGGGUCUUCAGGACAAACUGGCGCAGGUGCGUGAUGCACGGGCAGCACUGAAUGCUCUGAGAGAGGAGCACAGGGAGAAGCUGAGACGGGCUGCCGAGGAGGCAGAGAGACAGAGACAAAUCCAGCUCGCCCAGAAACUGGGGAUAAUGCGGCAGAAGAAACAGGAGUACCUGGAGAUGCAAAGACAGCUCGCAAUCCAGCGUCUGCAGGAGCAGGAGAAGGAGAGACAGAUGCGUCUGGAGCAGCAGAAACACACCAUUCAGAUGAGAGCACAGAUGCCUGCGUUCUCUCUGCCUUACGCACAGUUGCAGUCACUGCCUCCUAACGUGGCAGGAGGGGUGGUGUAUCCCCCCGCUGGCCCUCCCAGCUAUCCUGGCACGUUCAGUCCAGCUGGCUCAGUGGAGGGAUCGCCCAUGCAUGGAGUCUACAUGAACCAGCCCGGACAGACAGCUGCAGGUGGCCCGUACCAGGCCAUGCCUGUGUCAGCUACAGAUCCCAACAUGGUGAAUGCUUACAUGUAUCAGACUGCAGGCACCAGUGGGCAGCCAGCCGCCCCUGGACAAGCCCCUCCCACAACCACCCCUGCCUACACUAACUACCAGCCCACACCUACUCAGGGCUACCAGAACGUGGUCUCUCAAGCUCAAAGUUUGCCCCAGAUGUCCCAGGCUGCCCCCACCAACGGUAUUGCCUACAUGGGCUACCAGCCAUACAGCAUGCAGAAUAUGAUGACCGCUCUUCCAGGACAAGACCCCAACAUGCCUCCCCAACAGCCCUACAUGCCUGGGCAGCAGCCUAUGUACCAGCAGAUGGCUCCCCCUGGCGGUCCGCAGCAGCAAUCACAACAGCAGCCGGUGCAGGCUCCUCCGGGCAGUGCAGAGGCUCAGCUCAUUUCAUUUGACUGAUCAUAGCUCAUCAUAUGCCUUUACCCACCAGGUCCAGCACACUACAUUCAACCCUCCCUUACCCUGCUGUUACUGGGUUUAUCGCCCUGCACCUGCUCUCGCUUCACUAUGCUCCACAGAUACUGAAGAUGUACAAAUAUUGCAAAAGCAUUUAGCUGUCUGAGUCCCCCUCCUCUCUUUGUCUCUUUAAAUGGAGGAAAGGCUACAGAUGGAGCUGGUGGGGAACCUUUGUCUCUCAACUGGAUGAAUCUCACAAAACGCAAUGUCUAGAUCAUAUUUUACCCCAAAACAAAAAAUACACUCCUUUUUUUUUCUUUUCUUUUUUUUUUGCACUUAAAAAAGAAACCUAUUUUACGUCAUUACAUUUUUUGUGUUGUGACAUCAGUUAUGACAAUUAAAUGUUUCCUUUCUCCAUUCUCAUUAUUGUAAAGCAGAAAAUUGGUAUUUUAUUUCAAAUGUAAAGUAGUUACAUGGUAAUAUUUGUUGUACUGCCUUUAUCCUGAUAUUAUGAUUUAAAAAUGACUUUAAAAUGUUUUAGUAAUGAGAUUCACCAUUGGCAAUUAUGAGAAUUACCAAAAAACAAAACAAGCAAACUCUCAAGUCGUCUUGACACAUUAAACAUAUGAGAGUUUUGGUGGAAAUAUGAUUUAUGACAAUGAUCUUAAUGGUCCUAGAAUGAAAUGGCUUCUUUUGUGUGUAUGGAUAUGUAUAAAGCCCAUUUCUGCAACAUAAGAUACUUUGGUAAAUCAUAAUUAUGACAUAAGUUGAAAUAUUAUGUCAAAAUUAUACAAUACGAAGUCAUAACUAAUACAGUAUGUCAUUGUCUUGUAAUUAAUGUCAUAAUUACAACUUAUUUCAAAUUCGAAGUUGACAUUGUAAGUAAUUGUGAGAUAAAAAGAUUCGCCAUAAUUAAAACUUUUUAUCUCAGAAUUAUGACUUUAGUAUCUCCAUAAUUUAGUUUUUUUUUUAAAAGUUGAAAUUACACUAAUUAGGCCAGUUCUGACAGUCAAAAUUAUGAGAUGCUAAGUCAUAUUUGAGAGAAAGUCAAAUUAUGACAAACUAGUCUAUUUUGUCAUAAUUGUGACUUAAUAUCUCAUAAUGUUGAGGUUUUUUCAAAGAAGUUUCACUAAAGCUUAGGUGGCAGAAAUUAGAUUCUAUUAAAAAUAUGAACUAGACAUGUUGUGAGAUUCAUCCUACCUCUAACUUUCAUCUCUAGAUUUUCACAAAUGUAGUUUUUCCUUAUAAAGCUAAGCUGAUGCGAAGUUAGUCAUUCGUACCAUAGAGGAAAAAAAACACAAUAUGAAUCGAAAAGACAUAACCAUUUUUUGACUCAUAUUUUUCUAAGAUGUGUUUGCAUGAGUGAAUAUGUAACGGCCAUUUUAUUUUUCUUUUUUUUAUUUUUCGGUUUAAGAGACUUGCUGAUUUUAGCAGAGGUCACUGAGGCAUCAUAGCAGUUUUUCAGCUCCGAUUUGCUCUAAAAUGCUGUAAGAUCAUGUGACAUUCCAGUGCUGGUUUCCAUGUAUGCGAUUCUAGAGAUGCUUCAGAAGCUCUGCGUUUAGGAUCAGUGUUGUGGAAUCCUCGCUAACAAUUUAUGCAGUAGAUGGCGCAAACAUUGGCUUCUGUCAUAUAAUUAACAGCCAAUGAGAUGUCAACUUUACUGCCAUUUGCAUAUCACCAAUCUAUUCGAAAUAAAUAGGCUGGUGUUUCCAGAUACUGCAUGUAAGUUUGCCAGGCGUCACAUCUGUUUGUCUUUGCUCUUUGUGGACCUUCACAGAGUGGCAUAGCCAGGGGUUCAGACCUGACUGCGCAGAACUAGACCAAUCAAUCGAUCCCAAAGCCGCGGUUUCAUUACCAAUUAAUUAGUGCAAAAUUGAGUACUGGAUCAAUGGCGGACAAAGGAAGUCUAUUUUUAGACAGUGGUUGUAAAAACUGUUGACAGCCUGUGGAUGGGUUUGAUGGAUGACACGAACGCUGCAUGUUUGUAACACACACACAGAACCGGUGACGUCUGUAACCCCUUUAAUAUCAUCUUUAUUCCAUACUGAUCCACCUCAUGUUAAAAAGUAAUUUUAAGAUCAUACUUAAUAAAUAUCUUGUUCUUUUAUUGGUUAUACAUUAGUGGAAAUGUUUAUUUUCUUGUCUCUGAAAGUAUGUGCACAAUAAAACAAUGUCUGUCUGUUUA